CCGGUUUUGUCCCGGUUCUAUCCCGGUUUUAUCCUGGUUCUGUCCCGGUUCUGCCCCGGCGGAGCCUCCGCGAGCCCGGCAGGUGCAGCCAUGGCGGGUGCGGCUCCCCCGGCAGGUGCCCCCGAGCAGCCCUUCACCUGCCGGGAGUGCGGCAAAUCCUUCCGCUGGUCCUCGCGCCUGGCGCAUCACCUGCGCAGCCACACAGGUGAGCGGCCCUACAAGUGCCCCGAGUGCCCCAAGGCCUUCAAGGGCUCCUCCGCCCUCCUCUACCACCUGCGGGGCCACACAGGUGAGCGGCCCUACACCUGCUCCACCUGCGGCAAGAGCUUCAAGCGCUCGUCGCUGCUGCAGACGCACCUGCGCGUGCACACGGGGCUGCGCGCCUUCAGGUGCGCCCAGUGCGGCCUCACCUUCAAGUGGGCCUCGCACUACCAGUACCACCUGCGGCAGCACUCAGGUGAGCGGCCCUACCGCUGCCCCACCUGCCCCAAGGCCUUCAAGAACUCGUCCAGCCUGCGGCGGCACCGCCACACCCACACGGGCGAGCGCCCGCACACCUGCGGCACCUGCGGCAAGGGCUUCGCGCAGGCGGCCAACCUGCGGCAGCACCUGCGGGUGCACACGGGCGAGCGGCCGUACACCUGCGCCACCUGCGGCAAGAGCUUCACGCACUCCUCCAACCUGCACCUGCACCGGCGCACGCACGGCCCCGCCCCGCAGUGCCCCGCCUGCGCCGCGCCCGUGGCCGCGCACGCCUGCCCGCAGGUGCGCCCGCAGGGCCCCGCCCCCGCCGGCCCCGCCUCACCUGAGCCGCUCUGGAGGCCGCUGGGUGUCACCUGCGCCGAGCAGGAGGGGACGGGCGCGGCGGCCCCGCCCCCGGCCCCGCCCCACCGCUGCCUCACCUGCGGCAAGAGCUUCAAGAACGGCGCGGGGCUGGCGCGGCACCUGCCCGGCCACCAGCGGCCCAGGUGCGCCGCCACGCCCAGAGCCCCGCCCCGGCCGGCCGCCUCGCCUCCGCCAGGUGAGCCCGCCGAGCCGCCGGCGCCGCCCGAGCGGCCGUACAGGUGCGGCGAGUGCGGCAAGGCCUUCAAGGGCUCCUCGGGGCUGCGCUACCACCUGCGCGACCACACAGGUGAGCGGCCCUACACCUGCGCCACCUGCGGCAAGAGCUUCAAGCGCUCGUCGCUGCUGCAGACGCACCUGCGCGUGCACACGGGGCUGCGCGCCUUCAGGUGCGCCCAGUGCGGCCUCACCUUCAAGUGGGCCUCGCACUACCAGUACCACCUGCGGCAGCACUCAGGUGAGCGGCCCUACCGCUGCCCCACCUGCCCCAAGGCCUUCAAGAACUCGUCCAGCCUGCGGCGCCACCGCCACACCCACACGGGCGAGCGCCCGCACACCUGCGGCACCUGCGGCAAGGGCUUCGCGCAGGCGGCCAACCUGCGGCAGCACCUGCGGGUGCACACGGGCGAGCGGCCGUACACCUGCGCCACCUGCGGCAAGAGCUUCACGCACUCCUCCAACCUGCACCUGCACCGGCGCACGCACCUGGCGGCGCGGCCCUUCCGCUGCCCCGCCUGCCCCAAGGCCUUCGCCGUGGCCGCCUACCUGCAGCGGCACCUGCGCACGCACGGCCCCGCCCCGCCCCGCGCACCUGGCGCCCCGCCCGCGGCCCCGCCCGCCGCUUACCUGCUGCUGCAGGGGCUGCGGCUCCUGCCCGCCCCCGCGGCCCCGCCCCGCAAGGUGCUGCUGCUGCCCGCCCCGCCCGGCCACGCCCCGCCGCACCUGGCGCAGGUGGGCAAGGGGCAGCGCGGCUGGCAGGGCGUGCUGGUCGUACCUGGGGCGGGGCAGGAGGGGGCGGGGGUGCAGCUGCAGGUGGCUGAGGUGACUGGUGUAGGUGUGGCAGGUGUCACAGGUGUGACAGGGGUCACAGGUAUGGCAGGUGUAGGUGUCACAGGGGUUACAGGGGUCACAGGGGUCACAGGUGUUCAGCUUCAGGUGCUGCCGGUGGCCCCAGAGGUCACCAAUGUCCAGGUGCAAGGUGGGGACGUGACAGGUGUAACGGGUGUAGGGGUCACAGGUGUGACAGGGGUUACAGGUAUAACAGGGGUCACAGGGGUCACAGGUGUGACAGGUGUAGGAGUCACAGGGGUCACAGGUGUAACAGGUGUGACAGGUGUAGGGGUCACAGGUGUAACAAGUGUAGGGGUCACAGGUGUCACAGGGGUGCAGCUCCAGGUGCUGCCGAUGCCCUCAGAGGUGACCAAUGUCCAGCUCCAGGUGUUGCCACCCCCACCUGAGGUGACCAGUGUCCAGCUCCAGGCAUUGUCACCGCCUGAGGUGACCAAUGUCCAGCUCCAGGUGUUACCAACAGCAGCAGAGGUCACCAAUGUCCAGCUCCAGGUGUCACCACCUGAGGUCACCAAUGUUCAGCUCCAGGCCACUGAAAUGACCAAUGUCCAGCUCCAGGUGUUGCCACCAGCAGCAGAGGUCACCAAUGUCCAGCUCCAGGUGUCACCACCUGAGGUCACCAAUGUCCAGCUCCAGGUGCUGCCACCCCCAUCAGAAGUGACCAGUGUCCAGCUCCAGGUGUCACCACCUGAGGUGGCCAAUGUUCAGCUCCAGGCCCUGCCGCUGACCUCAGGUGUCACCAAUGUCCAGCUCCAGGCCACAGAGGUGACCAGUGUCCACCUGGAGACCUCAGAGCUGCCCAGUGUCCACCUGGAACCCACAGAGGUGACCAAUGUCCACCUGGAGACCACAGAGCUGCCCAGUGUCCACUUGGAACCUGAAGAGGUGACCAAUGUCCACCUGGAGACCACAGAGCUGCCCAGUGUCCACUUGGAACCUGAAGAGGUGACCAAUGUCCACCUGGAACCUGCAGAGGUGACCAAUGUCCACCUGGAGACCACAGAGGUGACCAAUGUCCACCUGGAACCUGAAGAGGUGACCAGUGUCCACCUGGAACCUGCAGAGGUGCCCAGUGUCCACCUGGAACCCACAGAGGUGACCAGUGUCCACCUGGAACCCACAGAGGUGACUGAUGUCCACCUGGGCACAAUGGAGGAGGUGCCCAGUGUCCACCUGGGCAUGUCAGAGGUGCCCAGUGUCCAGCUGGAAGUGCCCACUGCCCACCUGGACACAUCAGAGGUGCCCAGAGCUCACCUGGACACCUUGGAGAUGACCAGUGUCCACCUGGAAGUGCCCAGUGCCCACCUGGACCCCACAGAGGGGCACCUGGACCCCCCCUAGGAGGUGCCCAGUGCCCACCUGGAGAGCACACAGGUGACCAGUACCCACCUGGAGGUGACCAGUGCUCACCUGGGCACACCUUGGAGGUGCCC